AUGGCAGGCGAAAAGAAAGAUUCCCCAACCAUCCCUGACUGGCAGCGCAGCCAGGACGACAACAGCGCUUCUGAGCCCUCUACCAGCCAGGAUGAUGGGCAGCCCGCCGACACCCAGGCCGCCAAGAGCGACGAUAACCAGCCUGCCACACAGCCCGAGAACACCAGCUCCGACGACGAUGCUCUCACAGUAGCCCAUCGUUUUCUAGAGGACGACGAGGUCCGCUCAGCCCCCCGCGAGAAAAAGGAAGCCUUUCUCAAGGCCAAGGGUAUCUCGGACGACGACAUAGUCACUCUCCUCGGACAGCCCGAUUCCCCCUCAACCACUCCCGCCGAAACCGAACCCUCAUCCUCUUCUUCCACUACGGCUGUCGAUUCCACCAACACUUCCAUACUCCCUCUAUCUGACCGCGCCCCGGUGGUAACAUACCCCGAAUUCCUCACUAAGCCCACCAGCCCGUCACCACCACCCCUCGUCACCACCGGCCGCCUCCUUGCCACCCUCCAAGUCACCGCCGCCCUGUCCGCCAUCGUCGCCGGCUCCUCUCGCUUCAUCUUCAGCCCUAUGCUCGAGCAGCUCACCGCAUCGCGCGAGGACCUGUACGGCGACGCGUCUGGUCGUCUAGACAGCCUCGUUCACCUCCUCGAGAAGUCCGUCUCUGUCAUACCUGCCGCUGGCCACCGCGACCCCAACGACGAUGCGAACGCCAACGGUGACGCCUCGGCCUCGGACGAGGACCCCACUGAGAUGUUCCAUCGUGACAUCGGCACCCAGACUCUCCUCCCCGUCCCCUCUGUGGCCGACGCUCCCAAACCGUCACCCCACGAGUCCCAGGCUGCUCGACUGACCAGCCUCUCUCGCUCGCUGGCCGACAUCGCGAGGGGGAUCCGCUCCCAGUCCGACGGUCUGACCGAUACAAAGUCCCUCGUUGACGUUCUGCGAGACGACCUUGACAUCCUUACCUAUCGUAACCCCCUCGGAGGAGGUAGGGGCCCAAUGAAUUUCACUCGUGGCUCCGCCACAAAAAUGGACGAGAAUGAUGAGAUUCGCAGGGUUCGCGAUAAUAUCAGGAGAGUUAAGGGCGUUCUUCUUAGCUCCAGGAGCUUCCCUUCACGAUGA